AUGGCGCCCAGCAUAAUUCUGAUAAACCGUUUGAGUGUGAAUCUAGUCCGGUUCAUGCACUUUCUGGGCAAGUCGGGCCAUUCUCGAGCCUUGUCCGAGUCCUACUAUCGCCGCCAGAGCCGAAGGCGCCAUCUUGAUGCGGCAAUCGACGAGCCCGACAUACGGACCCGCUUCUCCCUCUCCGCCGGCUCCCAGGUACAAUACCAGCCCGUCUACUCGUCUCGGUCGGGAGGGAAUCUGCAGCCUGCUCCAGCUUCACAAUCGUCGGCCGUACUGCCACAACAUCAGACCUUGCUGCCGCCGCCCCAGCCACCAGUCCCCACCUUCGGUAGCCUCGAUUCUGCUCAAUUAUUCGUGAGCCAGGCCUACAGCUUCCUGCUAGUCGGCCGAAAGCUACUUUGCCCAAAUCUACAAUCGUACCUUCAUUCUGAGAGGAUGAAGAAAAACGGAGUCUCGAAAAAUGUCUCAAUAGUUUAUUUAGAAGAAGCAAUUGGUUGGAAGGAUCCGAAAGAGGAUGAUAAAAGUGUGUUGACCUCGUUGUCGCAACUUGGUCUUGUUGUCGGGCCGACUUAA